ACACACAGUGUGCUAACCUUGAUACGCUUCUGCACUAAUGUAUAAUGUUUUUAUUCACAGUACAUCGAGUCAUCAUGAAUUAUGAACUCUGAGGUGACGUCAGAGUGAACUCGACUCCUGCGGACGCAAACGGCUUUUUUUCUCUGAGCAGCCGGACUUUCUCUCAGCUGACCUCAUGGCUAACCCCGAUAAAGAGCUGCUCCGGGUCACCAUGCACUUGCUGACCAACCCCGGCGACUCUCUCCUGCUCCAGCACACUCUUGACUGCCUCCUGAAGUGGGUUCGUCCGGGUCUCAGACUCUUCCAUGUGUCCGAGCGGGCCUGUCCCAUCCAUGCCUAUGACAGAACCAACCUGUGCCCUGCGUCCGGCCACCCAUCACAUGCUGUGACAAUAUUCCUGCACGAGUCCUACGGAGAGGAGCGCAUACUUAGGGUGCUAGAAUUUCUGCAGUGUCCACCCUGGCAGUACCAUCACACUGAAAGCUGCGGUUCUAAAGAAAGUGGCGUUUAUUUUGCAUCCAGCAGCACCCUACUGAAGCCCUACUUCAUGCCCAGCCGGGACUACUACAGCCUGGGCACUGGAAUGCCGGUGUGGGGGGUGCGGUCGGUGCACUAUGGAGAGGAGUUAGUGCGCGUGACUUUGCACAGUAGCUUUGAUAACUACGAGGACACUGUGCGUUUAUAUGAGACGGUCCUCCAGAAGAGGGCGGAGGAGCAGAAACCGGGCUUUUGCUGGUUUACUCUGCUUUCAGAACAAGGGUUUAGCCUGCAGUUGGCCAUCAAGCAGCUCUCGCCGGGGGUCCGCGUGGAGCCUUGCCAAUCCGCCGUGCUGCAGUUUAGAGUGCGAGAGAUCGGACAGCUUGUCCCCUUACUGCCUAAUACCUGCUCACCCAUCAGUGGUACCCGAUGGCACACAGAAGACCUGGAUGGGAACAAGAUCCUCUUUCAGGUUAAAUCUCCUGCUCAGCAACAAAGGUCCCACACCUCUGCUUUUCCCCUGAGCGGCCCCAGUCUUCCCUCCAGGAAUCGGCUGCGGAGCUCCGGUGCUUCCAGACCCUCCACGUCCCCCUGCAGGACAACAUCUCAUCUGAAGGAGCAGAUCACGGGACGCUCUCGUGUGGAUCUGCUGGAGCCCCAUGCGCUGAGAUUGGGGAUGUGUGGAGGAGAGAGUAUGGGUUCAGACGGGGCGGGCAGCACUCCUCCGGGAAGCUCCUGUUACUCGUCCCAGCGCAGUAGCCCUGCAGGCCUGUCCGCUAGCUGGUAUGAACCAAUGAUGGCCUCUGAAUCCUCCAUACCCUGUCUUCUGCUGGAAGAGGAAGAGGAGGAGGAUUCGGAAACUAAUGUGGACACGGGCUGUGCCGUACACACACAGUCUGCUCUAGUGACUCUGAGUAGAGACCUGAGACACGGCCUGGAGGAGGCAGAAAACUCAACAAGUAUUUUAACAGAAACGCAGGAUUCACAGAGUCGCCAUCUGCAUGCUCAAGUAGAUGAGUUCUUCAUUUGACUCCUCCAAUUAAGGGACCGUUCACAUAUCAGGUCUUUAGCAUGUGCAAGUUUUUCAUUCCCAAUGGAGGCGCGUGGCUUGCAUUUUCCAGGCACAUCUAGGAUGCAUCUCAGUACCAUUUUUAAUGCCCUUCACUCGCUAACUUCCCUUGGAUGUAAGUCAUUGAUUACGUUACACAAGUGUCCACUACUGGCGAAGCAUCUGAAUGGGUUUUAAUGGAAUGCACUAGACCCUUGAGCACUUGGGAACUACACUGUUGUGACAGUAGCUAUGUUUCCAUCCACCUAUUUGCAUGCGCAUAAAAAAACGGUUGAUGGAAACGCCAUGAUGCGCAUACAUUUUGAAAAUGCGCAUUAAAAACACAUGCGGCUGGCGCAAUAGCCUAGUGGUUAGCGCGUUGACAUAUGGUGCAGUAGCACAUCAGGGCGUCCCGAGUUCGAAUCCCGGCUUGAGGACAUUUACCUACCCUAACCCCCCUCUCUCUCUCCAACUUUGCUUCCUGUCUAAAUACUGUCCUAUUCACCUUAUUCUCCGCGGACGAGUGGGCGCAGCCAUUUGAAUCAUUUUGGCUUGAAACUUCCGGUCUCAUUCACUUCCAUUCAUUUUUAAACAUUAAAAACAGCUCGUUUUGCUGCUUGGUGUUGCAAACUGAUAUUUUCUUAUUAUAUUAUUCUACUUUGUCUGUAUUGUAAUGCAAACACUUGUUUGUAGAGUAAGUAGUUUGACCGUUUUUUGCCGUUUAUUAUUUCUAGUCAUUUCUCACAUAGGCAGCUGAAUCGGAAGUUCUAAAACAAUCGCAAAAACGUGCGCACUUCCGCAUUGAAGAAUAAGGUCAAUAUAAUAAAGGCCAAAAAAACCCUUAUGUGCAUGACUGAGUAGGACGAACUUUUUAUUUGAUAAGAAAAGAUGCGCAUAAACUAUGAUGGAAACAUUUUUACCGCACAAAUUUCAGUUGUGCGCAUUAAAUAAGGUCAUGUGAUUUUGUUAUAAGAGAUCAUGUGAUGAUGAAAAUGUGUGUGAAUGGACAAACCAGCAGGCUGAGCACUCUGUAAACCAUCUGAACUGUUGUUUUGCUCAUUAUGAAACACCUUGCCGCUUAAGUAUUAGUGUCAUUACAUUAAUAAUGACCUCCAGAAUCAAGAGCGUCUGUGCUCCGCGUCUCACACCUUCAAACACCACCGCGUGUUCACUGCGUGUCAGGAUUGCCUUCUGAGGCACAAGUCAUUUAUUAGAUGAAGCACAGAUUGACGCAGCUUCUCCUACUGAAGUAAAUUCAGUUUUUACUGUUGAUAUUUGGCGCCAGAUAAUCAGGAAGUGACGAUUUAGUUCUCUUUGACUCGUUGGAUGGAAACGCCGAUUUAUUCGCACGUCUUUAAUGUCAUAAUCUGUUUUGCGCAUAAAGUUCAUUCGCAUUUUUGGAUGGAAACAUAGCUAGUCACAUUGCAUUCUGGGACAUACAUGUGUUGGAGUGGACAUAUGAAGCCGACUCACUCCCUAGGUCAAAAUUGUCCAGUGUAUGUCCAUGUAAACUUCUCUUGUUCACUUCAUGAGGGGAAUCGCACUUUAAAGGUUCAAGAAACCCUGGAGCACAGUUUUUGAGAUGUUAACAGCCUAGUGUGUUGAGCAUCAGUUAAGACGACGUUAGCUCCUGUCAGCUUUAAUAGUGGGGGAAACUGGAUAAAAUCAUUUUUGGGGCGGGAUCAAAAUCUGUGACGUGAUGACGCAUCGGUUUCUCAUUAUUAUUCAUAGCUGAGUUUUCUUAUCCUAUGAGAAGACUCCUGCUUCUGCAUUAUUCAUAAGAGCAUGUGGUUUCCGAAGGCAAGGCUUCAAGCUGUGAGACACAAUGACUGGGUGAGCCCGCGUCUGCGCACUGCAAGUAGUAUUUAGCCGUUCAUGAAGGGUCGUAAAGUUAUGUGUUUGUUUCCAUGAUUCAUGGGGUUUGUUGCAUGUUUCCCUGCGAUGUUUUGCAGCAAACAUUAUUGUCGGGAGAGCUGUAGAAGAAUCGGAGAAUGGCGGACUUUGUCUUUUAUCAGUUGAGUUCGUUCACAUUUAGACACCGCCUACAGUGCUGUAGUGUAUGUGUGUGUGUGAAUGAGCGAGUGUAUGGGUGUUUCCCAGUACUGGUUUGCAGCUGGAAGGGCUUCUGCUGUGUAAAACAUAUGCUGCAUAAGUUGGCGGUUCAUUCCGCUGUAGUGACCCCUGAUAAAUAAGGGACUAAACUGAAGGGAACUCAAUGAAUGAAUGAGUAUUAAAAAUAUCUUCUUUAGUGUUCAACAGAAUAAAGAAACUGAUUAAAAAUUGAAACCACUAAAUAGUAAAUGUGGGUGUCACGGUGGCGCAGUGGGUAGCACAUUCGCCUCACAGCAAGAAGGUCGCUGGUUCGAGCCUCGACUAGGUCAGUUAGCGUUUCUGUGUGGAGUUUGCAUGUUCUCCCUGUGUUGGAGUAGGUUUGGCCAGAGGUGCUCUGGUUUCCCCCACAAGUCUUUGGUGGUUCAUUCCACUGUGGCAACCCCUGAUUAAUAAAGGGACUAAGCCGAAAAGAAAAUGAAUGAAAAUAGCAAAUGUUGAUUUUAGUGUGAACGAUCCCUUUAAU